AGCGCACACCCUGAGGGCCGUGACUUCUACACACUCGGUGUGUGUACGUGCGUCAGAGUGUAAGGGUGUAGUAGGUUUUGACACUGUUUUUUUCGCUUCGCUCCGAGGACAUGAUGAUGUGGAACUGCACCGUGGGGACACGCUCAGUCACGAGAACUUUCGCUUUCUUCUAGCGGCAGGUUCACCCUACAAUUAUGGAGGCCUGAAGGUGUGCUGUGUGUGGGGGAAGAGGAGCCUUCCCCCUUGCCCAGGGGGGCGCGGUGGAGGUGGCCGACGGUGGCAGACUUAUUACAUUUCGUAUGAAACCUUUACAGAGAAAGAACUAUUUUUUGUGAAAACAGAGAACCUCUAUAUUUGUAAAAUUUUCUACUAUAUUUAUUGACAUGGCUUUUGCAGCCAGUGCCACGCAUGUCUGGUGGUGUGUUCCCGCAGCCGGCAUGGUGGACUAAGGGCCGUGCUGGUGGCGGUGUGCUAGAGUGCGGUGGAAGCCCAACACAAGCACUGUUCUAGCUCCCCACCCACGUACAGCAGUGCACCUGCUUUGCUUACUUUUCUCCCAAGCCCUCCACCUUUUUGUUCACUCUGUUGUUUGAAACCUAAAGGUACUUCCGCAACUUCAGUGUUUUCUCCGGUGGGGGGUGGACUGGUAAAGAGACUGCAUUGACACUAUUACUGUUCUGGGGAAUUGUUUGUGUUUAGAGGUGGCAGCAUAAACAGAUACUACAUUAUAUAUGUGAAGAGGGCACAGCAAGGCUUUGUAGUGUGCCGGUGGGGAUUUCAGAAUGACCCCGCCAUUCCCAGACUGCACGCCCAAGUGUCGCUCCCUGCAACAUGGUGCAGAGGUGGUGGCGGCGCUGACUGCCGGUUCAGAGGGCCGCCUGCACGCCUUCCUCUUGGCCCAUUGCUACAAUGCGGCCACGCUGCGGGAUGCCUUUGGGCGCUCUGCCCUGCAUUUGGCUGCUUCCAUGGGCCAGCGGGCCCUGCUUGAGUGGCUGCUGGAGAGCAAGGGGGCAGACAUACUACUGAAAGACAAGGAGUCUGGCUGGACGGCACUGCACCGGAGCGCCUUCUACGGACACAUCCACUGCCUCCUGGCUCUGGUCAAGCAUGGUGGCCUGCUUACCACACUGGAUAAAGAAGGCCUCUCAGUUCUGGACAUCACCAUGAAAGAUAGGCCCCAGCAUGUGGUUUUCCGGAAUACUGACCCCACAGAGGUGUAUACGUGGGGAAACAACACCAACUUCACCCUGGGGCAUGGAAACCACGAGAGUCGUCAUCACCCAGAGAUUGUGGACUUCUUCUCUAGAACUGGGGUUUACAUCAAACAAGUGGUGCUGUGCAAGUUCCACUCCGUGUUCCUGUCUCAGAAGGGCGAGGUGUUCACCUGUGGACACGGUCAGGGCGGUCGACUAGGGCAUGGUGACGAGCAGACAUAUCUGGUGCCCCGUGUGGUGGAGGGACUUCUGUCGCACCACUGCUCACAGGUGGCUGCAGCCAAGGAUCACACUGUGGUGCUCACAGAGGAAGGCUAUGUCUACACUUUUGGCCUUAACACGUUCCACCAGUUGGGUCUGACCCUGCCCGCUACCUCCAGUCAUGUGCCCAAACAGGUAUUCUGCAAGGCUUUGAAAGGAAGGAUAGUGAUUGGUGUAGCGGCAGGACGGUUCCACACAGUCCUGUGGACUCGGGAUGCACUCUACACCAUGGGUCUGAAUGGAGGGCAGUUGGGGUAUCUGCUGGAUCCCAACGGUGAGAAAUGCGUGACUGCCCCUCGCCAGGUGUCCGCUCUUCACCACAAGGACGUGACCAUUGCCAUGGCAGCAGCCAGUAAUGGGGCCACUGUGUGCGUGACAGAGAAGGGCGAUGUGUACCUGCUAACUGACUAUCAGUGCAAAAAGCUUGCCUCCAGGCAGCUGAACAUCAAGAAGAUUCUGGUCAGUGGUGGCAGUCUGGACCACCGUGUGGAUCCUCAGGUGCUAAAUGAAGGGGGAGGGGACAAGGUGUCCAUCCUUGCUUUAGAUGAGGCAGGAAGGGUCUUCUGUUGGAGGUCUGGCAGCAGCUCUGUGAAGCAGUGCCGGUGGGCUUAUGGGCGCCAGGUGUUCAUGGCAGAUAUUGCACUGAGUAAGAACCACAUGAUGUUCGUCACUCAGGAGGGUGAAGGCUUCACCGGCCACUGGCUGACAGACCACAAGAGGAGUGCAGAAAAGAAAGAUGCAGGAGGAGGGGUGGAGCAAACAGGACACUUUGAGGGUGGUUCUUUGUACGAGCGAAUCCGACUGGUGAGGAUCCCGUUCAUCCACCGGGCUGUCAGUAUCACCAUAGACUCCAAGGGCCGUAACUUUGGAGUGCUGCAGUCAGACCCCAAGACCAGUCUCUAUGAGGUCCCUUCUGUCUCCGCUUCUUCAUUCUCCCAGCACUUCCGCUGCCUGCUGGCCGAAGCAGAUGAGGCUGAUAGCAUCCACGAUGUUAUGCUGCAGACUGGCAACCGCUCUUACCCAGUACACAAGUACAUCCUAUCAAGCAGGUCAGAGUUCUUCCGAAAGCAGUUGUCCCCAGAGGCAGGGCGGGGCGAUGAAGAGAAUCAGCAGGAAGUGGGAGUGACGUGGAGCGAAGAUGCUGUCGGCUGCGACCUGAUGGUGUUGGAAAAGGUCCCUGCAGACAUGCUGGAGUACGUCCUGCAGUUUCUCUACACAGAUUCGUGCCAGAUGCUGGAGCAGGGCUUCCGGCCUGGUAUCCUCAACCAGGAGCAGCCUGCUGAGCCCAGUCCGGAGCAACUCAUCUGCAGCUUACAGGGGCUGGGAUUCUGUGGUGGACUGAAGGGUUGCUCUGCCCUGGAGGUGUACCAGUCACUGCCUGCUUCAGCCCUUGAAGGGAGCAAGCAGAAAAGCAGAACUUCCAAGACGUGCAAGAAAAGCAAAGGAAAAGAGGCCGGCGAGGGUGGAGCAAACCCUGUGAAAAUCCUACAGGGUGUGGCCAAAAAACUGGGUAUUAGCAGCUUGGUAGCACGAUUAGAUGGAGUCAGAUAUGAAAACGGCAGAAUCAAUGUUCUACACAAGAAGACUGGAAACAAACUUAAAUUCAACCCAAAAAAGUGCUUGUACCUCUGUGAUGUUACUCUGCAGUCUGAAGAUGGGAAGGAUUUCCCCUGCCACAAGUGUGUGUUAUGUGCACGACUUGAGUACUUCCACAGCAUGCUGGGGAGCUCCUGGAGCGAGGCCUCGUGCUGCACAGCACUGGUGAUGCCCGCUACUGCCGAGGUCCUGCAGGUCAUCCUCGAGUACAUCUAUACUGAUGAGUCUCCCACAGUCAGAGAAUCGCAGAACGUGGAGUUUGUGUGCAAUGUUCUGGUCAUGGCCGAUCAGCUGCUCAUCCCCCGCCUGAAGGAGAUCUGCGAGGUCUCCAUUGCAGAGAACUUGACACUGAAGAAUGCAGCAGAGCUUCUCGAGUUCGCUGCCAUGUACAACUCCCAGCAACUCAAACUCUCCUGCUUGCAGUUCAUCGGGCUCAACAUGGCUGCCCUGCUAGAGGCACGAACACUGGAUAUUCUUAGUAUCGACAUGCAGAUGGAACUUUCUGCUGCCUACAGAAGGAUGAUACCAGCGAUGCAGAAACGUUUGAUCACUCCUAACCCCGAUGCACCGGACCUCAGUGUCUACGAAGACGAGGACUGGGAUUCCUCUCCUCAUUCUGAAAAUGGUGCAGAUGUGGACAAAAGCUCUAGAGAGACACUGCUGAAGAAAGCCAAAAUGAAGGCCAAGCGUAAACCACGACGGCGCUCUGACAGUUCAGGGGGAUAUAACCUGUCUGACAUAAUCCAAAGCCCGCCUACCUCAGGUCUGGUGAAGUCGGCAAAAACCAAUUCCAUUGAGUCUUUGCAGGAGCUUCUCACCUCUGACUCGGAGGGCAGCUGCGUUGGGGUGGGCAGCCCCCGCGACUUGUGUUCACCAGUCUUCCAGGAGAGACUCGAGCUGGAGGAGAAGGCUCGGGUCACAGGGCUCAAGAACCCACAUCAGGUCUCAAACGUGAAUCCCACAGGGAUCCUUCCUGUCAGGAGCCCGCCCCCAGAGCCAGCACCCGGACCACACACCAGUCCCUCACAGCACCCCCCAGUGUUGGAUCUGCGCACCAUCAUGGAGAUGGAAGCACAUUUGCAAAACCUGGGAGCCACACCCAAAAGUUGCUCAUCCUCCAAGUCCUCUGCACCCCCACCAAAGCUCUCACAGAGGCAAAGGAAGAUGAUCGCUAUGGCAACCAAAGGGGCCUGCAUGGAUGGUGUCACAGUGAAAUCUCCACCUCCUGUCACUACGUCCAAGAUGGGGAGAGCGUGGGGGACCCCAGCGCAGGCCUCGUCAUCUUUCCGAGAAGUGAUGAGGGAAGAGGAGAAGGAUCAGGUCCGAAGCGAAGCAGAAGUUCUUGGAGACUCUUCCUCUUCUGUCAGGAAGGUGACGUUCUCAAGUCCUCCAACAAGCCAUGUAGAAAGAUUGUCUGGCCCCUGGCUGUGGGGGGCAGCAGGAAGCCCACCACAGGGCACCACAGUAACCUUCGCCUCCAUAGUGGAGGAGGAACGGCAGCAGGAAGCAGCACUCAUCCGCAGCCGAGACAAACCUCUUGCGCUCAUUCAGGUUGAGGAACGUGCCAUUCAGGAACUGCUCUUUCACUACAAAGCCCCCAACAAUCCCGAGGAGUUCAUCCUGGUGGAGAGAGCUUCCCUCGGACCCAUUGCCACCCCCACAUGGAACAAACACUGAGGCAGCACAGCUGUCGAACGGGGUCCCUUCUGGUCUUGUUCUUGAUGAGCUUUGGAACCAUCUCCCGUCCGCUGUCUGACCGCAAGCUGUUGCUUUUCUCUGCACUCUCCCCUUCCAGCCAGCUGGUGAACAUGCUGUGGACAUCCUCCGGUCCUCAGAAGCUUGGUAUCAUCUUCCCAUUUUUUUUCUCUAAAUUUCAGCUGCGCUGCUCUUAUCGCUGAACAGUCACGCAUGAACUAGAGCUGCUGCCAAAGACGAGCAGUGGAUGGAAAGGGUGAGCUCGACGCUGGAAAGAAUGCCUAACUCUUCGGGGCCCCUCGUUGCUGAACAGAGCGUAAAUAUUGCCACAUAUUCAAAUUUCCUGUGCCUGUUUGGUGCUAAGUGUAAGGAAGGACAGCAUUUGAAAGAAAACCCUCCUUCUGGAGCAUCCCUUUACAGGGAUCAUGCAUGUGACCCUCCUGCAGGCACGUGCUAGUGAAGCCCUGUAGGUCUUUCUGGAGUAUAAUUGCUGCUUGUGCUGGCCAUGUGAUGAUGUUUGGCCACAGUGAGCCUGCAGAUAUGCAAUAAAGAAGAUAUGUGUGCAGUGG